AUGGCCAUUCCCAAUCCAAGGGCAUAUCCUUCUUCUCGCCCUAAAUGGGAUCUUCUUCAGUCCUAUGACCCUAGUUAUGUCUACCUCCUCUCUCCCAGAGAUGAACCUGUCAGGGUCAAACUUCACAAGGUUGGAUCAAAAUUUGGGUCCUCAUCAAUGGCUAGAGUGAACACCUCAACAUUUACAUCAACGAAGCAAGAGCAGAAUGCAUCGAGAAAGGCAACGGUUGGAGAGGGAGGUAGGAUAGGAGCAAGAGUGGGAAGCCACUGCAAUUCAAGCGAUAACCUCCUCUUGUUGGAUCAACAAUUCAAGUGA